AAAGGAGAUGCAAGUAUUUUAGUGGGAGGCUGCGAGUCUGCUGCUGGCAGGCCCUUAAUGCGAUAUGUGGCCCUAAGAUGAAGUCACAAACAUCGCAACUGUAGUCGACUCCCACUCUGCGGGCAGCACAGACGGGCCAUUAUGUUGCAGAGUACCAGCUGGUACCACGGGCUCCUCAUCCUCCGCCGGACUUCAUUCGCUGCUGCCUCUGGAAUCAGGACAUGGAAAUGAAACCCAAGAACCAACCUGUGGACGUUCUGCUCGGAUGCAUCGUCGCCUUCUGCUUUUCCACACUUUGUCGGGCUCAGAGACUCUGCACGGUGCCUCCCGGUCCGGUGACGAUCCCGGAGAACAACACGGUCGACAUCCAGGUGGUGAAAAUCAGCUCCAACAACGAUGUGACUCUGAGCGUCUCUGUGAACCCGGAGGAUCUGUUCUACGUCAAAGGGAACCUGCUGAUGGUGAAGAAAGGCCUGGACUACGAGUUGCUCCAGAGUCCAACUCUGGUGGUUUGGGUGAAAUGUAGCAAAGCCGGCUCCAGUCCUGUGAGCGAGUCCGUGGAGGUUCUGGUGGAAAAUGUGAACGAUAAUCCUCCGAACUUCGCCCAAAAUCACUACGUGCUGGAUGUGAACGAGGUGGGUCCAGUUUCUCUUUAGCAUUUUUCCAUUAAGCUUCUGCUUUAACUGGUUUCUUUCUGCGUCCUGCAGCUCAUUCCUGUGAACUCCAGCGUCGGACUGAUAGAAGCGACGGAUGUUGAUUCAGAGCCGCUUUAUUAUCGCUUAGAGUCGUCAACUCAGGAUAAAUAUUUCCGUCUGGAGAACAUCAACAGGCCAAAGAUCCUUGUUAGGAGCAUCCUGGACUUUGAUGUGGUGCAGAAGAUCUCUCUGGUGUUACACGUGCAGGACACGUUCAACGGUUCUGCCUCCAACGAGCCGUUUUUCACCUCUGUGGCCAUGAUCACCGUGCAGGUGAAGGACGUGGACAACCGGCCCCCAUGGUUCCAGCCGUGUCUCAGGACUAACUUAGGAAUCGCCAAACUUUGCGUGAGCGGCGGCUACAGAGGCAAGGUCAACCUCACCGAGAAGGAGGAAGGCCCAUUAGUGCUGGAGCCUGGACCCGUAUUCGCCAGGGAUGGAGACAGGAACCGCAGUGAACCGAUCAGCUACAGAGUAUUACGAGGAAAUGAAGGGAACAUAUUCCAAAUUGAUGAAGACACGGGGAACAUUACAAUGACCAAAGCUGCAGAUAUCGUUGGCCCAAUCAUUCUUACAAUCCUGGCAUCGCAGGUGAAUAACAGGGAUCAGUUUGCAGUGACGCAGGUGACCAUUGAUGUGAUGAAGAAGAGCAGGAACCCGCCCCGCUUUGAGAAAGAGCGAUACGAAGGAUUUAUCUACAGCAACUCUGUCCCGGAGAGCAUGAUUCUCCGAGACCGGACCACCAACAGACCCUUCAGGGUCCGAGCCCGGGACGAGGACUUUGCAACAGGUGUGAACCCCGACGUGAAAUAUGAGGUCCAGUACAGCAGCUACGUCAACGUAACCCCUGAUGGCUUUGUGAUCCUGAAACGGGUGGUAAAGACGGAGUCCUUCGCCCUUCAGCUGCGAGCCGUGGAUUCCACUACAGGGGAGUCUGGGACUGCAGCACUCUCUGUUCAGGUCAUACCUGCCGUGGCCAUGCCGUCCCCUUCAAACGUCGGCUAUCGGCCGGGCGACAUGGCGCUGCUCGGUCUGGUCAUGGCGGCGCUCCUGAUUCUCUCCCUCAUCGUGAUCGGCUUCUUGAUUUCCCGCUUGUGGAAGGAAAACACGAGCCUCAAGAGAAUUUGUGAGUGCCUGGGGCCCUGCCUGGGCUCCGACCAGCCUCGGAGCGGCCACAGAGACUCCCUGCAGUUCACCAACGACGGCUUCCAGAACGAGAGCGACCCGAGCCGGGGCGCCAAGCGCUGGAGCAACAUCGUCCCCCGGCGCAGCACCUUCCCCCAGCCCCGCAGCCGCAUCCUCCCCCUGGAGAGGCGGAGCCGCCACUGCUCCACCUGUGGCGUCCACACCAACCACGUCGCCAAGGGGUCCCCGUCGGCGAGGAGGAGCGGGGGGGACGGGGACGAGUACGGCAUGAGGUCGAUCCUGUCCAAGCAGCGCAGGAAGGAGGGCCAGAAGGCGGUGUGGUUCAAGGAGAGCGAGGACUCCUCCGACAUCGAGGUGGAGAUCAUCCCCGACACCGUGGGCCGGGUGGAGGAGGAGACCGAGGAGGAGCUGGAGGUGGAGAUGGAGGGCGUGGUGAGAGACCCCGCCGCCCCUCUGAGGGACCCGGAGGGAGAGCAGGAGAGCCAGAGCGAGGAGCCGGCUCCUACGACGAGCUCGGAGAAGGAGAAGGGGGAGCAGGAGGAGGAGCGCUGACAGCCGAGGUCAGAGGUCAGAGGUCAGACUGAGCUGAACGCUGCUGGUUUUGUGAUUGCACUUCAGAUACUUUUUCAGCAAAAAAAGCCCCCC